AUGGCACAAGAUGUGUGUCCAGCUAGGCCUGAGCCUACGUUCUCCUUCACACAAGGCUUCAUCCUCGGUCAGAUCUCCGUCGUCCUCCUCAUCGCUGCCUUCAUAAAGUUCUUCAUAUUCGGCGACCCCCCUUCCUCUGAGGUGACAGCCUCCAUACGAGCGACCGAAAGAAGAUCGAGGACACUUGCGCACAAGAAGUCCCUCCUCAGCCUCAGGACGAGUGGACGCCCUCCUAGCAGCCAACACCAGCAUCAACAACAGCAGCAGCACCAGCACCAGCAGACGCCCGCCCUCAACAGGAAGAAGUCCAGCAUCCUCCGCUCCGGGCCUCCAACCCUGACCAUCGGCUCCAUACUACACAAAACAUACUACAAGGUCGACAGCCACCAGCCAGAGAGCCUCGACUGGUUCAAUGUGCUCGUAGCGCAGACCAUUGCGCAGUUCCGCAGCGAUGCACAGCACGACGACGCCAUUCUCGGGUCUUUGACCAAGGCACUCAAUAGUCCCUCCCGACCCGACUUCCUCGACGAGAUCCGUGUCACCGAGCUGAAUCUGGGCGAGGAGUUCCCCAUCUUCAGCAAUUGCCGCAUCAUCCCCGUCGAUGAGGAUGGCCUGGCCCUCCCGCCGGGCAGGCCCUUCGACGCCAACAUGGCCAUGCGUGAGGGCUGCCGCCUGCAGGCCCGCAUGGACGUCGACCUAAGCGACAUGAUCACCCUGGCCCUCGAAACCAAGAUGCUGCUCAACUACCCCAAGAAGCUCUCCGCUGUCCUUCCUGUCGCCCUGUCCGUGUCCGUAGUCCGCUUCAGCGGCACCUUGUCCAUCUCCUUCAUCCCCAGCAACCCCUCGCAGGAUACUCCCACCAUGAUGACAUUCAGCUUCCUGGACGACUACCGCCUCGACUUCUCCCUGCGGAGCCUCCUCGGCAGCCGCUCGCGCCUGCAGGACGUCCCGAAGAUCGCCCAGCUGGUCGAGAGCCGCCUGCACAAGUGGUUCGACGAAAGGGCGGUCGAGCCGCGCUUCCAGGAGAUUGCCCUGCCAAGCCUGUGGCCGCGGAAGCGGAACACCCGCGGCGGGGACGACUUCAUCGCUGAGGCGGAGAAGUCACUCGGCAAGGCAAAAGGUGCCGAGAUCAGCCGGGACCUGAGGGAGGAGGCAAGGACCUCGGAAUCCCUGAGGUAUCGACGGCGGCCAAGGGUGCAGGACGUCUUUGCUGUGUCUGGGGCCAUGCCUGGUUCCAUGCCGGGCGUGAACGUUGACAUGGGUUGA